CCGACUUCCGGCCCCAGGACUUCCCACAAUCCUUAGCUUCUUCUGUCCCUCUCGGCUCCCGUCUGUUCUUCCGGUGGCGAUGGCUGCGGCCGUGGUUGGGAUGCUGCGAGGGCGUCUCCUGCCCCAGGCGGGCCGGCUGCCCACCCUCCAGACUGUCCGCUGUGGCUCCAAGGCUGUUACCCGCCAUCGUCGUGUGAUGCACUCCCAGCGGCAGAAGCUGAUGGCUGUGACUGAGUAUAUCCCCCCAAAACCUGCUGUCAACCCACGAUGCCUACCAUGUCCCCCCAGUCCCCCACAGGAGGAGACAGGCCUUAUCCGGCUCCUCCGUCGGGAGAUAGAUGCAGUUUUCCGAGAGAACCGAAUGAUAGCUGUCUGUCAGAAUGUGGCUCUGAGUGCGGAGGACAAGCUUGUCAUCCGGCACCGGCUGCGGAAGCACAAGAUCCUGAUGAAGAUCUUUCCCAACCAGGUUCUGAAGCCCUUCCUAGAGGAUUCCAAGUACCAGAACCUGCUUCCCCUCUUUGUGGGGCACAACUUGCUGCUGGUCAGCGAGGAGCCCAAGGUCAAGGAGAUGGUGCGAAUCUUGAAGGGUGUGCCUUUCCUGCCACUGCUAGGUGGCUGCAUCGAUGACACCAUUCUCAGCAGGCAGGGCUUCAUCGACUACUCCCAGCUUCCCAGCCUGGCCUCGGUGCAGGGGGAGCUGGUAGGCGGACUCACCUUCCGCAUGGCCCAGACCCACCUCUUGCUUCAGCACCAGCCCUUCCAGCUCACGGCCCUGCUGGACCAGUACAUCCGACAGCAACAGGAGGGGACCUCCGGCACACCGGCCAGCGGGCAGCCUGCUUCUCCUGACCCUGUUCCGAACUCAUAACCAGUCUGUCGUCCAUCAGCCAUGUGGAAGCACUGGGGGUGGGGAGUGGCGUUCGUGACCUGACUUCACUGACCACGACUUCCUCAGAUACAAGGCCACCCCGGGGAUGCAGAGACGCUCCAUUUCCGAAUGGAGGCUCAGAAUCCCUGUCUUUGUCCCUAAUGUUCCCACCCUGGGGCCUCACAGGAGCAGGCUUUCGGCUCUUUGGGCCCAGGGCAGAGAAGCUGAACACAUGAACAGAGGUUGCCCUCUGCCUCCAUGUCCUCUGUCCCUUGCUGCACGUGUCUCCCAGCCUAUCCCCUCGUGGGCCCGCCGUGCUGGAAUAGCUCCCUCGGUACUUGUGCUAAGAGUGGCAUCUCUGGAGAGCCUGCGGUCCAGCUUCCGUGCUCACUACUUGACAUGCCCCGGUUCUUUUCUUCUCACCAUGUCACCAUAUCACCCCCAUUUCAUGGAGAAGUUCAGUAGUCUGCCCAAGGUCAUGCAGCUAAUAAGAGGCCGAAUAGGCCUCUCUGCUCAGAAGACCAUGCCCUGAAUUUCUGUCCUGGAGCUUCCUCAUUAGGGUCCUGGGUGUGCCUCGAUGUUCAUUCUCCACCCUCGGGGCGUGUCACAUUAUGGAAAGGUUGGGAGCACUGAUGAUAAAAUGAAAUGCAUUUAC